CGUGCAGGCACGUCGUCGCGCGCGAAGAUGUAAACGACUUUCGUUUCUCCCCAAUCAUCACCGUAACCACCGCUCUGGUUGAUCCAAUCCAAUCCACAGUAACGGUCACUAUAAAUCCACUCUGUUCCAUGCAUUCUUCUGCAGAGCUCAGCCAAGAAAGAAGAGAGCACUACACAACACAAGCAGAGGGAAGGAAAGCAAUGGCUUCUGCUCCGUCCACGGCCACGGCCAUCUUGGCCCUUCUCGUCUCCCUGGCCGGCGUGGCCACCACCGCGCACGGCAGGUUCACGGCGAUGCAGUGGACCCCCGCCCACGCCACCUUCUACGGCGACGAGACCGCGGCGGAGACCAUGGGCGGGGCGUGCGGGUACGGCAACCUGUACGCGACAGGGUACGGCACGGACACGGCGGCGCUGAGCACGACGCUGUUCCUGGACGGGUACGGGUGCGGGACGUGCUACCAGAUGCGGUGCGUGGGGGCGCCGGCCUGCUACCAGGGCUCGCCCGUGAUCACGGUCACGGCCACCAACCUGUGCCCGCCCAACUGGGAGCAGGACUCCAACGCGGGGGGGUGGUGCAACCCGCCGCGCACCCACUUCGACCUCGCCAAGCCGGCCUUCAUGAAGAUGGCCGCCUGGCGCGCCGGCAUCGUGCCCGUCAUGUACCGCAGGGUGCCCUGCGUGCGCAAGGGCGGACUGCGCUUCGCGUUCCAGGGGAACCCUCACUGGCUGCUCGUCUACGUCAUGAACGUCGCCGGCGCCGGGGACGUCCGGGACAUGUGGGUCAAGGGCUGCGACGGCGGCGGCCACGUCCAGGGGUGGGUGCGGAUGAGCCACAACUGGGGCGCCGCGUUCCAGGCCUUCGGCCAGCUCGGCGGCCACGCGCUCAGCUUCAAGCUCACCUCCUACACCACCGGGCAGACCAUCAUCGCCGCCGACGCCGCGCCGCGGACCUGGUCCGUCGGGCUCACGUACCAGGCCCGCGCCAACUUCUCUUAAUCUCUUAGGGAGGGGGCGGCCGGCCGGCCAAACUGUGAAAGCACAUCAAGUAGCAGGAGCUGACGAUGCUCUGCUCGGCUCUGAUUUUUUGCUUUCCUAUACCACAUUUUCAGUUCAGUCUAGAGUAUUGUUCUUACACGUUGUCCCCCGAUCCAUUUGUAAACAGCGGGUUUGACUUUGACGCACACGAUGACCAUGCAAACUCUGUAACAGGAUUGAUGCAAUAUAUUUGCAGAUUGUUUUCUGACUUGAAA